GGAGUUGGCAAUGCCAGACUGUAGUGGGAAGCUCCAGUUUUGGGGGGAUUCUUCCCUCUUGAGUCACUCAAGCUCUUCUCACCUGCAAGUUGUCCUCUACACUGGCAGGUCAUUUUCCAACACAGGAGACUGGCAUUAUUCAGAGCAAAGUGUCGUUCCUGCCACAAAGGCACCGUGAACACCUUGCUGUCCUGGCUUGAGUCAGAGUGGUGUCCAGCUGCUCUUCUGGGGAAUCCUGAGCUCUUUAUGAAGUCUUCUGGGACAGGGAGGUGACAGGAGCUAUCACUAUUAUCAGGAAGUGAUAGUGUUCUCCUGUUCCGUGUUUCACCAGAUGCCUGGGAGAUGUGAGCCUGGAAGAAGAUCUGAAGAUAAAAUCCUAGUCUUUACCCAUAUUUGAAAGAUGGAGCUUCAGCGUUCUCAGAAAGGCCUGGACUGCCCGGAACUUGGUCUGUGACCUCAGGGAAAUCACUUAACCUGCACUGCCUUUUACAGUGGAAGCUGGGAGGCCAGCAGCCAGCCCCAGGAUCACAGCAUUAGGGGAGCUAAGGAACACAGCGGGCUUAGCCCAGGCCUGGCAUCCUGAGAGCAUACAGUGGACUGCCGUGGCUGUUGCCAUUGCCCCUGUGCCAUUGCUGGUGGCCCAGCAGCUCUGAUCUUACUUGGUCGUGUGGAUUUUCCUCUGAAUGGACCAACUGGUAUUGGCUUUGUGAAGUACAACCAUACUCGUUACCUGACAAGAGCAAAUGCAAUGCAAAAUAAUAAUUUUAAAAAAGCAAGUGAAUAGCCAACAGGCUGUAGGGAGAAGCUGGUUCUUGGUGGGCUUGAACAAGGAAGGUCCCUUGGGGAUGUGUUGCAUGUCACCACUGAAAAAGAGCGAACAGAGAGGAGGUGGACAGGAGUGUCAGUGAUGUCCUGGAGUGCUCCUUCAGGAGAGAUGAAAGAAGGAUAUUUGCCUCUGGCUUAACUCUGGGACUGGAGUAAAGAACCAGCAGGAGAACAAGGACUUGCCUGAACCUCCCAGGCUCAGUGUCCAGCUUGGACCCUGUGUCUCCCCUUUCCUUUCAUUCAUGUCUCUUUCCUACAUCUUCGCUGUCAGACUGGACUGGCAGCCACACAGCCUGUCUCAAGUGCCUUGAAAUGUGUUGAAUGGAUGUGGCACAGUCCUUGGCAGAGUGACAGUACUCCAUAGGAAUUUGUUUGUUCCCUUGGUGUGGAAAAUGGCAGGCAAUGAGCAAUGACGUAAUGACUAAUAACCUAAGAUGCUAUUUAUUACUGGGUAAAGGAAUGCUGGUGUUACAUUUGCAUACACACUCCCAAACUGAUUCUUCAAAAUAAGGACCAGACCUGGCCCCUCCACAUGAGAGAUCCUGAAGGGAGAAGACAAGCCGAGCUCCAGGAACCAUAGCGCGUGAGGAUCUCUGGCGCAGGUCCUGCUUUUCAUCCCAGGCUCCUGUUGAGUCAUUUCAUUGUGUUAAAAAUGUCAUUUUUGAAGGACUCAGGUGUGAAAAUGGAGUCUGAAGACCAGGAAAGAGAUGAGCCCCGGUGCUGCUCAGAAGACUUUACCGGAAGCCCCCCGGAGCCAAACAUGAGCCUCCCCACAAUGAGCUCUCCCUAUUCAUUGAAUAAACCUCAUACUGGGGAGGUCUCCGACUUGAAUCAGCAGGUGUGGAUCCUUCAGGGUCAGACCAUUGUGACAGUUCCACGGAGUAACAGUGUAACCCCAGUCACUGUCACUGUUGUCCCAUGCAAGUAUCCAGAGUUGCUUGAGCAAGGAAGAGGAGUUCCCAUUUAUUUGGGAAUAGAGAAUCCAGAUAUGUGUCUGUCUUGUGAGAACAUUGAAGGGCAGCCCACGUUGCAACUGAAGGAGGAGGAGAUACUGAAUCUGUACAACGAAGUCGAGCCCGUGGAGCCCUUCCUCUUUUACCACUCAAAGAAUGGCAGGACCUCCACCUUCGAGUCUGUGGCCUUCCCUGGCUGGUUCAUUGCCUCCUCUGACAGAGGCCACCCCAUCUUCCUCACUUCGCACCAGGGGGGAGUGUACAAUGUUAACUUCAAUUUAAAUAUCAACGCUUGAACUCAGGCUGGAGGGGGCAGCUUGGUCAGAGGUCUUUAUGUUAAAUUUUCGAGUUCCCAGUGUGAUUUCCUCUAUAUUAUCUCAGUGUCAUUUCACAUCAGUGCUGAGAGGUGGGCAGGAACCUGUUAUCACCGCACUUUAUGAAUGACUUCAUGGCAACUGAGGCAUAGAAUGUGGGCUUAGACAUAGGAGGGAAAGGUGAUGUAAGGUUCUCUCAGGCUGAAGCUGUUCAUCCCACAGCCAUCCCCCAGUAAGAGUAUGAGUAUGUCAGAACCCAAAGACAUUAGGGCAUUCCCUGGGGGUGGAUAUGGAGAAGGCUCAGAGCUCAUGAAUCUUACCCAAGAUCGGGUGACUAGUGUGGAACUGAUUGUUUUUGUUUUGCUUUGUUUUCUUUCCUAUUUGGAUUACAUAUUCCAUAUAGUUUGUAUGUUGCCAGUAUGUCUCAAGUUGCAUAAUGUAUCCUUUUAAAAGAACUUUUAAAGAUAAAUAAUUCUUAAUAACAGAAGAAUUUUGUUUUUUCCUAAUUCUAAUAUGUAAACAUAAGGCCAAAUAUAAACUUCAUGUGUUUACACAAUAAGAAAGCUAAAACUAAGAUAUAAAAUGAAAUAGCAAACAUAGUAAACUGAAAUUAGCAAGAGUAAUUGAAUGAGGAUAGCUCUGUGGGUGAGCCUGGGACCUGGGCUUAGCUGGGGGGAGGAGGGCCCCUGUCGCUGCUGAUAGGCUGGGGAGGAGAUAAUGCAUGUAAAAGAGAACUAUUAUUUCACUACUUUCUGUACAGUCUCACAGCCUUGAUUUCUUUGCCUCUUCUAGACUUUUCCUUUUAGGCAUACUCACCAUCCACAUAAUCCCUUUAAAAACUGCAGGAAAGUCCCUUUCUUUGGAACAGAGAGCCUAGCGUUUUCACCAGCCAUGCUUCAGAUGAUGUAUUCUGAUGAAAUUAAAUCACUGAUUGUGAAUAUAACUGUAGAAAGAUGUAGCUCAGAUCUGGUUCUGCAUAUAAUACAUUUCUUAUUUUCACUCUGAUAUUACAAAUGCAGAAAAUUCUAUUUGCUUAAAUACAAUUUCCAAAAUAGCAUAGCACCAGUAAAUUAAAUUUUUUUUUUCUACUUUUGGACCAUCAGACCACAUACUCUACUAGCCAGGCCAGUAAGCAAUCAGUAAGCACCGAUUUAAUGCAAGGUCUCUUGAUUCUUUAAAAUUUUCUUCUUCAAUUACGUAUAGUUUUAGCAUUGUAGUUUUAUAAAAAACAUUAAAAUGGGCACUGAGCUAAUUCUGGGAUAUUAAAUAGAAGACUUGGUUAUUGAAUAUUUAUGACUAUCCUCACUGCUAAUAAAUGGUGGCAGUGUCUUACAUCUGCCAAUUACAUU